AGGAAACAUCAUCGUAUGUUUGCCAGACGAUGAGUAUCAGUCUCACAACUAUAAGUAAAGAGCAAAUCACCCUCAGACUCCUCACCUCAUCAUCAUUCUCAGUCUUACACAAGCAUCAGCAACACAACCAUCAACACGAAUCCACAACCCCAACAACAAUCUAUCAAGAUGUCCAAGUCCCUCAAGGUCGCCGCCAUCCAAGCCGAGCCCGUCUGGAACGAUCUCCAGGGUGGCGUCAACAAGUCCAUCGGUCUCAUCCAAGAGGCAGCAAAGGAGGGUGCCAACGUCAUUGGCUUCCCUGAAGUCUUCAUCCCUGGAUAUCCAUGGAGCAUCUGGGCCAACUCGCCUACCGAGAACGCACCAUGGAUCAAUGAGUACUUCAAGAACUCAAUGGAGAAAGAGUCACCUGAGAUGGACCAGAUCCGAGCUGCUGUUCGAGAGGCAGGUGUCUUUGUAGUCCUUGGAUACAGCGAGAGAUACAGGGGAACCCUUUACAUCGCACAGUCUUUCAUCGACGAGACCGGCACUAUUGUUCUCCACCGUCGCAAGAUCAAGCCUACCCACGUUGAGCGUGCUAUCUACGGUGACGGACAGGGCGAGUCUCUGACCAACGUCGCCGACACAAAGUUCGGAAGGGUUGCUGGUCUUAACUGCUGGGAGCACACCCAGACACUUCUCCGCUACUACGAAUACUCCCAGGACGUCGAUAUCCACGUCUCCAGCUGGCCUUCUAUCUUCCCCCAGAACGUCCCCGAGUGGCCAUACCACAUCACUCCCGAAUGCUGCAAGGCCUUCUCUCACGUCGUCUCCAUGGAAGGAGCCUGCUUCGUUCUCCUGGCAAGUCAGAUCAUGACUGAGGAGAACCAUAAGAAGGCGAACGUCGACGGCUAUGACUAUACCAAGAAGUCUGGCGGUGGCUUCAGUAUGAUCUUCUCGCCUUUCGGAGAGGAACUUGUCAAGCCUCUUGCUCCUAAUGAGGAGGGUAUUCUUUACGCCGAUAUCAACCUUGAGGAGAAGUACAAGGCGAAGCAGAACUUGGACAUCGUCGGCCAUUACUCGCGACCCGACCAGCUGAGCCUUCGCGUCAACAAGCAUGCUGCUAAGCCUGUCUUCUUCGCCAACGACCUGUGAGCUCAUGGAUCUGAUUCCUUGGCAUAGGGUUCUUGCUUACAGGUCGCAGUUCGGGGGACCAAUCGCGAGCCCACGGUGAUCUUCCUUUGAGGACCAUUUAGUUUGAAUAGAGCAAUUGAAUAUUUACAAUCACC